AUGAAAGAAAAUAGAUUCCGAUUCAAGAGCAGGACAAAACAAAUUAACCAAGCAGAUGUUAGCGUCUUUAAUAAUUUAUCACAAGAAAACCCAGUUCCUCUUAGUGAGUAUCUUGGCAGAGAGUAUGACCAGUCAUCAGCAUUCCAGACAAUCCGUAAAUCCAUUCAGCCAUUGGCCAAUUCGCUGCCAUUGCUCAUCUAUAAUCUCCCUAAAGUCAUAAAAGUCAUAGAAGAAAAUAUUGAUGGCUGCCCAAACUCUGGUCUCCAAGUAAUCAAAGCUUUGGCUCGAGAAAUUAGAUUUGAGCUAGCCCAAUUUUUUGAUAAUUUGCUUGCAAUAUUCAUUAAGUUAUGCGAAAGAAUUGACUUACUAGAAGAAAUAUUCAAUUGUCUUUCCAUAUGCAUGAAAUAUUCGGUUAAAGAACUCAAUCCAAGAGAUGUUCUCUUUAAGGCAAUUCCUAUGAUUAACCAUAAAAAUGAAGGGAUAAGGCAUUUAGCAGCCCAAAGCUUUGCAUUUUUGGUGAAAAAAGCUGGGCCAGUUGUGCUUGGAGAUUUACUAAAAGAUUGUGGUCCAAACAUAUGGGAAAUCAUCAAGUACUCAGCCACUGAAUUUCAUUGUAAAGAAAUUCUUGAAAUCAGCUGGGAAUGCUAUGAAGCUGCCAAAUUUGCUCAUCUUGCACUUGCUUUGGAGCAAAAGCACAUUGACUCUUUAUAUGAUAGCAUCACGAAAGCAAGCUCAUUUGAAGUUUUAAGAGAUUGGGCAAUUUUGUGCAAUGGAAAUCGCUUUCCAAAAUCAUUUCAUGAAAAAUCCAUACAAUUCUGUAAAGACAGUAAGAAAUUUGACACCCUUGCUUAUAUCAUAAAAUAUCACACAUUUUUAAUUGAUGAAAUUUCAUUCAUAUUGCAACAAGACACAGAGCAAGCUAUAGUGGCUUUCGGUAUUCUGGUCGACUUCAAUGACCCUCAUCCAGAAAGAGAAAUCCAUGAAUCAAUAUUAAAAAAGAAAUACGCAAAUCACAACCCUCAGCUUGACUUAUUAAAAUUUUCAAAUGAAAUUUACCAACUUAUAGAUAAAGCUUUGCUGACUGACAAAGCAGUUUUUGCCCUUGAAAUCUUGUUAAAAGUUUUCAAGAAUCAUCAUAUAUCGUCAGGGAAUCUUCAUAAUUUAAAGAAUUGGAUAAGUCUUCAAAAUGAUGAAGAUUUGAUUUGGCUUGGAUUAAGAGUGGCAAGAUUAACAGAAACAGAUUUUGAUACACAAGCAUUUUCUAAUACAAAAAAUCAAUUUCUUCUACCUCUUCCCCCCGUGAGCGAACAAAACCAUUGGAAAAUUAAUAGCCAUCCUUGAUCGAAUUAUUUUCAUAUAUUGCAAAUUUUUAUCUGCAAUAAAUCAAUGAUUAGGCAAUUUUAUUAUAUUUAUGAAAAUUAAUAGUUUGCAUGGUAAAUUAAGAGUAAUUUACGUAUUUUUUAAUAAAUUGCAUAGAAUUAAUCAUCCGAAGCGCUAGCCAUCAGCCUGGCAUCAGAAGCUUAAUUAGUUUUUAGAGUGAAAGGUUUAACUAAAAUUUUUAAAUUAACACAAUUUUUCAUUUUAAUAGUUUUAAUAUUUGCUAUUUUAACCCCUCUUAAUUAAAAAUUACACCAAAACAAUAAAUAUAAUAUAUAGAAAUCUCCCAUAGAUGGCACUGUUUGCCCUUGAUUUGCCCACUGAAAAUUUAUUUUGGUUUGACCAAACCAUAUGGUACUGAUCGAACAAAAAAUUUUUUCAGUGGGCAAAUCAAGGGCAAACUGCGCCAUUUAAGGGAAAUUUCUAUAUAUUAUUUUCUAUAUAUUUUUUUCAAAAAAAUUUUUAAUCUCUCCAUCCUUGAUCGAGCGACGGGGGUCGUUUGAUCAAGGAUGGAGGGUAAGAGAAAUAUUUUCAAUCAAUAAGAGUAUCUCUGAUGAUGAAAUAUACGGAGAGAUAUUAUGGGCUGCAUCUGAACUCAAUAAAGAAGUUAAAGAUGUGAAGCCUAUUUAUAAAUAUCUUACACACCCUACGUUAAGAAUUCCAGCUGCCCAGCUACUCUGCCACACCAGCCAAGCUAUGAAUUUAGCUUGGCUAAUUACCCAAGACAGCCCUACAAUUGAGACAGAAAAAGGAAAAGUUACAAAUUUAAAAAGAAUCGAGCAUUUAAUUUCUGAGGACCCUGAAGGAGUCUGUCUAUUCCUAUUAGGCAUGUUUUGGGAUCGAUACUCUCCAUUAUGGACUCACAUCACUCAUUCGCUAUCGGUUUUAGGAAAAUCCUAUCCAGAUUUGCUUUGGGGGAAUUUAUAUCCUUUAUUACUCACAUUGCCUGAGAGAAGUGAAUACCCUCCAUACUAUGAAAAAUAUAACUCAUUUCGAGACUCAACUCCCAACACACAUUAUUUUAUUAACCUUUGUGAAGUUUUAGCAGCCUGUCCUAAAGCUCUUCAUUCUAAUCUGAAUGAAUUUAUAGAUGUAUUUUUAAAAUUCAUAAAUGAGGACUAUGCAAAAAUAAGUUGGAUACCUGGAUAUAUGGCUCCAAAAGCUCCUGAACAAGGAUCAGAAGCGAAGAGAAAGCUGCCAUGCUUUUUGAAAGCUUUGAAAGAACAAAGAAAUGCAAUAAACCUUUCGCAUGCAGAAGACAUUGAAAAAAUUCUUAUUGGCUUAUGCACGAAAAAGAAAGAAAAUAUAAGAGUUUUAGCAGUAGAAUGCUUGAUUUCUUUGUUUCCAGCAUUAAGAACAGACUCUGAGCUUUUAAGAAAUCUAGCAAAAGAUGCAACCUUUAGAGACGCAGCACUCAUAAAGCCAAUUGCUGCCUCAAACAUAUGCAUUGCUCUGUGUGCAGGAAGAGGAUUUUCGACAAGCCAAUACAAUAAGUCUGCAUUUAUCUAUAUCUCUGGGCUCCCUACAUUUGGGUACUUGCUGGAGCUUUUGCCUUUUAAAUUGAAAACAAGCCACUUCAAUGUUUUGGAAAUUCUUCCUCAUAAGCUUAUCCUGAAUGUCUUUAAAAGCUACAAAAAAAUAAUAAAUUACGUCUCAGAGUGUAUUGAUGAUAAAGAAGACGCUGUUUUAUUUUUAAUUCAAACCUGUAAUUGGGCAAGAACAGAGGACAAAAGAGAAGUGCUGACUAAAUCAUUGGGGUGCUUAAAUUUGAUUAUUUCUAAAUAUGUGUGCUCUGAAAACUGCUUGGAGAGGACUAUUGAACUUAUUUCACCUGCUUUGGAUACAUUUGCUCAUGACUUGAGACCGAAAUAUAUAGAAACACUUCAUAUAUUAUUGAACAAUUAUCCACAAACACGGACAAAUCAAGUUUUGAUUACUGCUUGCACGAAUUUGUUGACGAACCCAAAAGCUGAAGCCCAGCAUAUUCACAAAACUCUUGAAGUUUUAGCUUCUCUUAUUACUCCAGAAAUAGAAAUCGACCCACAUUCGUUGAUCUCUGCCUUGGAGCGAGUAGGCUUAACUGGAAAUCUAUCUUUGAUUUUCCACAAAAUCACUCCAUCAUCUAAGGUUUCUCCAUUGAUUGAAAAAUUGAUCCCUUUUUGUUUCAAAAAGCCUGAAUUAGUCAAUUUAUUAUCACAAUGAAUUCCAUAUGCUGAAGCAUUGCCAACAAAACUAUUAACUGAGUUAGUCCUGAAGCGGCCUGAAUUGACUAGUUUACUAGGUCAAUGCAUUUCAGGAGUCGCUGGAGAGAUUUUAAAAGAUUUAAGUGCAACAAAAAGAAAAGGACUCGAAGAAGAAGCUGAAUAUGAAACCCAGCUUAAUGGGAUUUUCAAAAUUUCUGAAUGUGAAAUUGAAGAGGAGUUUUUGCCAGCUGUCAUUAAUACUCUUGGGCAGUUUCUCAUUGUGGGCGACUUAGGUCUGAGAUCUGCAUGCAUAAAAGCAUUUAUUCAUUUAGGGAAAACAAAAAUCAAGCAGGUAGAGUCAUGUUUAUCGAUUUAUCUGAAGAAAGCUAAAGAUGAAGAGCAUGUUAGAGGAAUUUUACAAGUAUGGAACUCUAUAGACUCUGAUAUAAAAUCACUGUCUCAUACUAAGGAUGAAGAAAGAAGCUUAUUACUAAGCUUAGGGCAUCUUCAAAUACACAGAAGAGCUCGAGCACUCAGCGCAAUUUUAACUAUGGAAUUUCCGAAGCAAUACAUCACAAAACUUUUUAUCCCUCUCAUAAAUUUCUAUCUUUUAUACUCUUCCAGCAAAAGUAACUAUAGCUCGUGAACCUUUAUGGACCGACUUCAUUGAAAAUGUAAACAUCCUAAUGGACUUCAUAUCUUGCAUAUCUUAGACCAGACCUCUCACAUUAGAGAAAUAUUCAGAUUAUAAUAAAAAUUCGCUAACUAAAUAUAGUUUUAUAUAAUCGCUUUUUAAUAAUUUUGAAAAUUUUUCUAAUAAUUAGUAUAAAGCUCGGCGAAUUAAAAGCCCAAGGCAUAUUUUGCUAGAAAAACAGCUCUACUCUCUUCAUGCUUGAAAAGUAGUAAUUUUGCGGAAAAAUGAUUUUAGCUCGAUUAUGGAAAAUAAAAGUGGCAUUUCAGAAAUGUUUGAUAAGCGUCAACCAUUCUGACAAUUCAAAGAGACAAUUUAUAAAAUAUCUUUAUUAUAUAAUAGAAAACCCCUUUUAUAAUGAUAAUGCAUUAAGAAUUUAAUUUUCUAUGCUCUCUUGGAUCUGUAUUCUAUAGAAAACAAAAAGAAUGGGUAGUAAGCUCUUAAUUUACAGUUUAAAAGGUUAUCUUAAAUUAAAAAAUUAAUCAUUUAUAAUAAAGAUAUCUUAUAAAUUGGCUCAUUUAAUUGUCAAAAUGGUUCACACUUGCCAAACAUUUGGAAUGUCACUUUUAUUUCCAUAUGGGCUAAAAGCCAUUUUGCCGUAAAAUUACUACUUUUCAAGCAUGAAGAGAGAAGUUGUUUUAAUUUUAAAAAUAUACUUUGGCUUUAUUUGCCGACAUUUAUGCUAAUUAUUAGAAAUAUUUCCAAAAUUAUUAAAAAGCAAAUAUAUAAAAUUAGUUUAAACUAGAGAGUUUUUUAUUAUAAUCUGAACAUUUCUCUAAUGUGAGAGGUCCGGUCUAAGAUAUGCAAGAUAUGAAGUCCAUUAGUUCGGUACAUUUUAAAUGAGGUCGAUCCUAUAACGGUUCAUGAGUUAUACCAAUCUAAUUUUAUUUAUCAGUUAAUACAGUCUCUUGCAGCGUUUGCCAAGCAGAUAUCAUGAAGAGAAUACCACAAACUGCUUAAAGUUUACGAUAAAUAAAAUGGGCAUUCGGUUCGAGAGAAAAUAGCUUUGCUAAUUUUCUCUCCCUCAUGGAAUUUUAUUUAUAGGGUUAGGUUUUCACUCGAAAACUUCUGGACAGCAAUAGCGGUUUAACUUUGGGGAUAACCAAAGGAACUGCUCCUUAGUCCUCUCAAAAUUUCGGGCUUUUACCUCUCAGCAACAUCCCCACGGGAGUAGUAUGACCCUUAGGCGGAACACGCGCAGGAGCUGAGUCGAGCGACAGCAUCGCGCCGGGUGAGACGUGCAGCAAGGCUGGUGAAGCAGGAGUUGAUAGAAGGCUUGGCCAGGGCUGACCUGUUCCAAGAUGGCUCGCCUGCGUCACUAGUUUUGCCAUAGGUCCUUUUUGGGCUGCGGCACUAGACACCUUAAACACCUGAUAAUUAAGUUAAGUUAAGUUAAGCUUAAAGUUUACUUGAAAAAGCUUGAAGAAGAAGAAAAACUUGCAACUAAGGCGAUCGCAGGAAUUUUAGCAAAUAUCCCAGACGAUCUUGAUGAAUCUGCUUAUAAUACCCUGAAGUCGAAAGUUUUGCCAGUGUUAAAAAUGCAUAUGUGUGAUCAGAAAGACUCAUGAAGACCAAAAGUCAGGAAAUAUGUCGUUUGCGCGAUGUAUUCUAUUAUUUCUACUCAGAGCAAAGAUGAAGGCAAUUCAGAAUUCUAUAGACUGCUGUCUAUGCUAGCUAGACAUUAUAAAAAUAAAGAUGAUGGAACUAAAGAGUCCGUAAUCAGCAGUGUCUUGGAGCUUUUAAAAACUAAAAGCACACAUAAUAAAAUUGUCAAAGAAUUCAACCAAUUUUUAGAGGCAGAGUUAUUUGCUCACUUUUUAACUAAAAUUCUUCCAUCAGGACUGCUUGAAAUUUCUGACAAAUACCUUGAUAAAGCUGUGAAGACUUUAUUAGAGUAUGAGCAAUAUCAGACUUUUUAUUAUUUAGGGAAAUUCAUUAAGCCUGAACAUUUAGGGCAAAUAUUGGCAUCAACAAAGCCUCUUCAAUAUAUAGCUCAAGGUCUUGCCGAAAACGAAAAAAUAACCCCAGAAGAUUUGAUUUCGUUAGCUUUGAUUCUUUUAAAUCGAAAUAUCCAAGCAAAACAAGAAGAAAAUCCUAAGAUUUCAAGGAAGCUUCAAACCUUUGCAGUUCAAGAUGGAGCUGCGAAAGGCAGCAGACCUGUAAAUGAGGUCAAAAAAGUGAAUGUUGGAGCUGACAAAGUAUUUGGGAUGAGGCUGCUGAAAUUAGGAAUAAAAAGAUCUAAAGAAGGCAUUGAUGAAGAAUUGGCAAAACAAUGCAAAGAAACUGCAAUUAAUAACUUGUCUGUUAAGAAAGAUGAAGUAGUUGCUGGAGCUUUAGAAAUACUCAAAAUGUUUGCGGAUUCUUCUGUCAUUGAGAAAAUUCUUGAAAUCUCUGAAAGAGCUGGGGAACAAGUGACUAUCCAAGCUAUGAAAACGAUUUCUUCAUUAAUUAAAUCUCGGGCAGAUAUUGAAAGCCUUGCACCUUUACUUUUGCCACAAGUGUUAUUGGCUCUUCAUUCUUAUGAGGUGCAAAGUUCAGCUUUAAAGCUCCUCAGAGUUUUUGUAUUGAAAAGAAUUAUGGAUCCUUCUGUUUACGAUUGUUUUGAAGAAGUCCCACAGAUUUUACUCAGUAAUCCUAAGCUAUCUACCCAGGCUACAAGUUUAUAUGUAGACUUCUUGCUAAACUAUCCUUUAUCAGACAAAAGGAAGCAGUAUCAUUUGGAUUUCUUAAUAAAGAACCUCGGAACAACAAUCCACAAUGCAAAUAAAAGCAUAAUGACUGCCAUCGAUACAAUUCUUGAGAAGCUUCCAUAUGAAGAACUUAAAGAGCAUUUUGACUUUUUAUUGCUAGCAAUAUUUACAGCAAUUUCUAAUGAAGACUCUGACGAUAUGAAGAAAUCUUAUUUCACCUUGCUCUCAAAAACAGCUAAAAAGAACCAAAAUUCCCCAAUUAUUAAACAAAUCGCAUCAUGGGUCACUCACAAAAAUGAAUCAGUCAGAAAAACAGCUAUCAAUUUUGUAAUAAUGUGUGUAAAUGAAAAGAUUAUUUCUGAUGAUUUCAUUAAAAAUGAUAUACUUUCUAAAGUAUUGGAAUCAGAAGACAAUUGGGUAGAGAACCUUGAAUUUUUGAAUUGCUGGCUAGGCAAAUAUAAAUCGAAAAAGUAUUUAGCAAGAUAUAGAGAAAUGAUAGUUAAGCAUCUAGAAUUAGGGGUAGAUUUAAAGCCUGAGCUUUUUGAGCCUCUGAAUGAGUGCGAUACGGAGCUACUUAAAAUUGGGACGAGUGGAAUAAUAAAUGGAACCUUCAAACAAGGGAUUUUUGCACUUUUCUCGAAAGCCAACCCAUUAUUAGCAUCUAAGAAAUUAUCAACAAUAGUAAGAAAAUUAAUUGGCAGAAAUAUUGAAGAUUCCAGAGUUGAAUCGCUACUGAGAUGCUUACUAUUCUAUAUUUCAUCUAACUCCCCCCCUUCGUGAGCGAACAAAAAUCCAUAUUUUUUACCAAAACCCACCCUCCACGAACAAAAAUUUUGACAUAUAAGUGAUAAUUAAUAUAAUGAAAUCUCUAGAAAACUCUGUUUAAUUUUGAACAAAUUGCAUUUUAAAAAUAAAUUUUGCAAAUAAAUAAAUAUAUUUGCUUUCCAAUUUUUGCGAAUUGUGAUUUUUUUUAAAUUUCGAAAACCAAUUUUACCAUAAAAUUUAUAUAUAUAAAUAUUUUAAAAAAAAAUACCCUCCAUGAGCGAACAAAAUUUUUUUUUUCGCCCUCUGAAGGAGGAAGUAAGCAAUAUGACCAAACAUCUCUAUUCAAAGCCUUGAUAAUUGCCUCUGAACGCUCUCCUUCUACCACAAUCAAAGACUUAGCAAAUGAAAUUUUCCAAACUCUCCAUAAAGAGCUCUCUCAAGAAGAAUUCGUUGACGCCUACACAAACACAAGAAACCUCCUAAACACUCUCAGAGAAGAGCGCAAAUCAAAAUCCAAGCUAAUGGCAGUCACAAACCCUGAAGUAGCUGCAAAACUCAAAGAAAAACGCAAGAUCAAAACCAAACUGCUCAAAAAACACAAAAUUUUUAAAUUUGCUCCACAUAAGAAACUAAAAACAGACUUAUCCGAGUAA